CACACGACCCCUAGGGGUAAAAUCGCCCCCGACUGAGACCCACUGUGCCGAGGAAGGCCGACCUGCUGCGGGUCCCAGGGGCUCCGAUAACCAGCCCCCCUCCUCCCGGCUUCCACCCUCCUCCCGGCUUCGCUAAGCACACAGAAUAUUCAAGCUGCGGAGCCUCCGGAGGAGGGGCUUAUGCAGAUGAGCGGCGGGCUUGGCUGGGAGGCGGGCGGCUUUAUGCAGAUGAGGGGGCGGUGCCUGCAUGUUGAUUAUCCGGGCCCGCUGCCGACGCUACUGGGAGCCUAGCGGUCCCGCUGCGGUUUGGGCUGGGGUGGCAUCUCUCUUACACCGCCACCCCUCGUCCCUAGGUCCCCAUCCUCCGAGGACCGCCCUCGACCUUUACCCUCACCCAUUUCCCCCUCCUCCCCGCACCAGGGCCCCCGUAUCUGAGUAUCUGCACUCGUGCCGCCCCCCGCGUCUCUCCCCUCCCGCCGCAAACCCCGCGACCUCCAGCAGCCCGCCCCCGUGGGCCCGAUCCCGCCCCGCGGCUCCCGCCGCAGCCUCCUCCGCCUUCCCGCUCUCCCAGGGCUCGCGCCACUACACCCCCCGGCCGUCCGCGCGCGGGCUUCCCUGUUCCCUCCUCCUCCCGCCCCCUCGGAGCCCCCUCCCCCGCCUGGGCCAGCAGACAUGCAGGUGUCUAUCGCUUGUACCGAGCAGAACCUUCGCAGCCGGAGCAGUGAGGACCGUCUGUGUGGACCCCGGCCGGGCCCCGGGGGCGGUAACGGCGGGCCGGUCGGCGGGGGGCAUGGGAAUCCUCCAGGGGGAGGAGGGUCGGUCCCUAAGGCCCGGGCCGCACUGGUGCCCCGACCCCCAGCGCCCGCGGGGGCCCUCCGAGAGAGCACCGGCCGAGGCACUGGCAUGAAAUACAGGAACCUGGGAAAGUCUGGUCUUCGAGUAUCCUGUCUUGGCCUAGGCACCUGGGUCACAUUUGGUUCUCAAAUCUCGGAUGAGACAGCAGAGGACGUGCUGACAGUAGCCUAUGAGCAUGGUGUAAACCUGUUUGACACGGCUGAAGUGUACGCAGCGGGAAAGGCUGAAAGAACCCUAGGCAACAUCCUCAAGAGCAAAGGAUGGAGGAGAUCAAGCUAUGUCGUCACCACCAAGAUUUUUUGGGGAGGACAGGCAGAGACCGAGCGAGGCCUGAGCCGCAAACACAUCAUUGAGGGCCUGCAAGGAUCCCUGGAGCGCCUCCAGUUGGGAUACGUGGACAUCGUCUUUGCCAACCGCUCAGACCCCAAUAGUCCCAUGGAGGAGAUCGUGCGGGCCAUGACCUAUGUCAUUGACCAGGGCCUUGCCCUGUACUGGGGGACAUCCCGAUGGGGAGCUGCAGAAAUCAUGGAGGCCUACUCCAUGGCCAGACAGUUCAAUCUGAUCCCUCCAGUGUGUGAGCAAGCGGAGCACCGUCUGUUUCAGAGAGAGAAGGUGCAGGUGCAACUGCCAGAGCUCUACCACAAGAUCGGUGUUGGCUCAGUCACCCUGUCCCCUUUGGCCUGUGGCCUCAUCACGAGCAAGUAUGAUGGGCGAGUCCCAGAUACCUGCAGGGCCAUCAAGGGCUACCAGUGGCUCAAGGACAAAGCGCAGAGUGAGGACGGCAAGAAGCAACAAGCCAAAGUCAUGGACCUUCUUCCCAUCGCCCACCAGCUGGGCUGCACUGUGGCACAGCUUGCUAUCGCGUGGUGUCUCCGCAGCGAGGGUGUCAGCUCAGUCUUGCUGGGGGUGUCAAGUGCAGAGCAGCUGAUAGAACACCUGGGAGCCGUACAGGUGCUGAGCCAGCUGACGCCGCAGACGGUGACGGAGAUCGACGGGCUUCUGGGGAACAAACCGCAUUCCAAGAAAUAGUCCGUCGAGGGACGCAGGCACCCACCGCGGGGCCGCCGCCCCCGCCGACGAGCGCCUCCCCGCAGCCGCCCCCCUCCCGCCCCGGAUCCCUCCACGCCGCGGCCGGCCGGAACCGGGAGGCCCCGCCCACUAAUGAGGCCCGCCCACUAACGAGUCCCGGCUUCGAGUAGCGCUGCGCAUGAACAAAGCCAUAUCCUUCCGCGGCGGGGCUCGCCAGGGCAAGUAGUGCGCCGCCGCCCGCUGCGUCCUUCUAGGCCUUCCUGCUGACCCCGGGCAUGAGUUACCGAGCCAUCCCCUCUCUGCCACUUGGUCUCGCUCCCUUCUCUCUUCUCCUAGUCGCCGCCGAGGCCCGGGGGAGGGGGAGACACAAAAACAGGGCAGAUCCCGGAGAGAUGCAAAUUACCUCAAAUGUGGCCCUUCAUAUGUCAUCAAGGGGUAAUAACCUAAUAAGAAGUGAGUUGUGAUGUCAUCUUGGACAAAGGAAAUGGGGCUGUGACCGUAUCUGGUACAAAGGCAGCCAGGCUGGUCCUGGCGGGAAGGAAAUGAUCAUCUUUGAGGACGCUGCCUCCCAGCAGAAGAUUGGGGGUGGGGGUGGGAGGAGGCUCAAAAUUAGCACCAGUGUCAGUACUUUGCUCUUGCCGAGAGGGGGUCUGGUGGGAAAUACUGUGACAUAGCACUGACGCAGAUCAAAGGAAAUUCGAUGGCAGAUGUAUACAUAUAGCAUGUGCUGGCGAAAGUGGUUGGGGGGGCCUCUCCGAAAAGUUGGGCUGUGCUUUUCGGGGCGAGGGGGACAUAGUGACAGCCUUUAGGUCACACAAAGACGUGGGGCUGACAUAAAAAUGUCCGGGGGUAGACUUUUGAGCCUUGAGCAGGAUUUCCUACCCGGCAGUGGAGGCCUGCAGUCCUCCUUCUGGCAAUAAUCUUAAAGCAAUAAUGAUGGCCCCUCAUCUGUAAGACUUCCCAGGGAACUUGUAAAUAAAA